AUGCCCAAGCGGAUGGUUAUCAAGGAAGCGAGGCCUGACAAGAUCCAAUGGCGUGACCUUUGCUUUUGGCGAGAUCAGUUGCCGUGCGAGAUCCACAUGCACCAGCUAGUCGAAAACGGCCGCGUGGUAUCUGAUAGCGACGAUGAGCCCGCUGGUUCUGAUCAUGAAACUCUGGUCAGACAUCAUGGUUACCGCUUGAUGAUGACCCAGCGGCGUUAUCGCAUCUUCUUCGACUACUACGAAGGCGGCAAUCUUUGGCAUGCUUUAGAAAAGCACUGCACCAGGAUGAAGACAUUCUAUACCCAAGGCGAGGAACCAGGGCUUGAUCAUGACUGGGAUGAGGAGUUCGGUUGCUACCGUGACUCAGAAGCGGUGCCCGGCGAGGCGGGAUUGUGUGAGAAGAUAUCCGAAGGCCUUAUCUGGAGAAUUGCUAGCUCGCUCGUUCAAGCGUGUCAGAUCCUGCAUUUCGGCCAGGUCAGUAUUGGAGGUGUGCAGAACACCACACCUGAUUGGAAAGCGAUCAAACACUGCGAUAUAAGACUUGACAACAUCUUCAUCAAGCCAGCGGCUGAGGAGAACGAGAACGAGGUCUGUGAUCAACCUCCGCAGGAUACGUUGGAGAUCGAACACCAGUUUGUAGUCAACGACGCAGCAGAAAGCGCUGGGGUAGUACCCCUAGACGAAAAGACAGAUGUAUGGCAGAUUGGUGCAGUACUUUACUCAUUACUCAGCAAUGGUUUCUUCCCCCCUCUCGGCCAAGGGCCAUGUCGCUUUGUCGAGAAAUUUAACGUAACUGUACCUUUCGCCGGCGACCUGAGAACCAUCGUCGACCCAGAGGAUGACCCAUGGAAUGACAUGUAUUUCUUUCCUACUUUCAAACGUUACAGCGAGGAUCUGAAGCGGUUGGCGUUCGAGUGUCUGGCAUGGCAAUCGAGUGAACGGCCGACGUUAUUGGAGAUGAGGAAUAGGAUCGAUGAUUUUCUUGGGACGCACCCGGAUGUUGCGAAUGAUCGGAAUAUGGAGUCGCUAGAGGUCGUUCGAGAUUUGGAAUUCGCGAUUGGGAAACCUAUGAACUAG